CGUAUUAAAAGGCGAGAGGGCCGAGGUUUAACUUCCUUACUUUCUCCUGUAGGCGGUUGUGGCAUUCGCAAUCGUAAAAUACACCAUUGGUGACUGCGAAAUAGGGGGGGUAGAACAAGAAUAUUGACGAUUUAAUUAAGAAGAAAAAAACGUGUAGUUGUCUCGCCAGGACGUACAGAGAGUUGCUGACACUCAGUCUUGGUGCGCUGCAGAAGUGGAAAUACCGGCUACGCAACGAAGAAAGUGUCACUGUCUUUGGUUCUGAAUUAGGUGUGAAGGGCUUCCAUAAUUACUGCCUGCAUCUGUGCUGGAUUAUUAAUUUUCACUGAACGAGAUUUAAAUCUGAUCAAUUGAGCUCAGAUUGAACGGCUAGCUUCAACACGGUCUAACUGGGAUGCCUAAUUGGAUCUUAUGCAAUGUUUGUUUUCAUCAACCUAGCACCAGUCGCCAGCUUGCGGUUACAAACUGUGGCCACAUUAUAUGUGAAGUGUGUUUUCAGAAAGGGAAUAAAGAUCAGUGUCUUGUCUGUAAAGCACAAUGUAAAAUUCAGCCACUUUCAAACAAAAGCAGUCCAGAAGUCAAGGCUCUUUUCACAGACAUAGAACCAAUUUGUAAGAGGUAUUGCUCAGAGAUAACAAAGGUUUUAGAAUUUCAAGAAAGACACAGGAAGAGGCUGUUAGCAUACUACAAACAAAAGAGUGAAAAAAUGGAAGCAUCACUUCAGAAGAUGAAGGGUGAGAUGCAACAGAUGAACAAAAAAAUUGGUGAACAGAAAGCCUACAUUGCAAAAUUGGAAUGUUCACUGCAGAAUCAAAGUUUGAGAUCACAACAGUCCUAUUGCACAUCUUCCUCACCUGCCCCAUCAAAUGCUAUAGCAGCAUCUUCAUGGAAGCAGAUACCAUUUGGUUUGCAGAAAUGCUCACAACCAUCACCAACAACCAUGUCUGAACCAAUGGAUGUGGAUGUCCAGAAACAAUUUAGAAAACCCGAGAUGUCAUCAAGUAGGAUUUCUUUAAUAAGUCCACCCCAGGACGGGCAUAUGGGUGCUAUCCCCCACAGGGUUACUAGUCAGAGCUGUUUGGUGGCAAAUCGCUCCUCUCGAACUGUACCUGUCAGUAGGACACAUUCAAACACGAUGACGUCAUUGCAAGAAUUCCGGCCUGGCAGUGCACUUUCGAACACCAUGACAUCAUCACAAGAAUUCCGGCCAGGCAGUGCACUUACGAACAAGAUGACAUCAUCACAAGAAUUCAAGCCGGGCAGUGCACUUACGAACAAGAUGACAUCAUCACAAGAAUUCCGGCCGGGCAGUGCACUUACGAACAUGAUGACAUCAUCACAAGAUUUCCGUCGGAGAGGAUUGUCUUCUCAGAUAUACAGAACCGAGGAGACAUGGAAUGGCUCAAGCUUUAGAAGACAAGAACCUGUCUAUUCUUCACUGUCCUCCCUGGUGUCUGUAAGGGAACCCUUCAGCAUCCAUGGUCUUCUCCAUGGUAACCAAGCCAAAUGAAUGUCACUGGAGGAUUAUCUCUUCUUAACUAGGCAAAGAGGUAAAGAUAUUAACAUGUUGACAGAGGAUUAUCUUAAAAUUUUCUGUUUGUCCUGGUAUUCUCAGUGAAGUGUCCACAAGUAUACAUGGCAAUAUUCAAGUGGGUGUUUCUGAAAUGUAUCCAGUAGGUGUGCGUCUAAUACAUGAGUGCUACAGUAUACCUGACAUUAUUAUUUUUUAAUUAAUAAAAAAUAGGGAAGACAGUGCAAGUAACCCCUUUGUUUAUUUACGCAUUUUCAGGUAAGUAGUUCCUUUAAUAUCUUUUAUUAAUUCAGACUUGACUCACCUUAAAAUAAACUUUGUUUUUGGUACAUUGAGUUUUUAAGGAAAAACAAAGAUUGGUUUUCUGGUGGAACUUGCUUAAUCAUAUUAAAGUUUUAAUUUCAUAUGUAUUUUCUAACUCCUUCAGAACAAAAGGUGUAAAAAACAUUAAUGAAGGUUAAUUAAAAAACACCAGUCAACAAUAUACAGUAUCUGAAUAAAGGAUUUGAGUCUUUUUCAGGUCAUUGUUUUCUCAGACUAGAUUAAUUCUGCAAUUCAGCAGGUAGAAACUGUAUUUAAAUUGUCAACCUGGGAACAAUUAAAUACACAGAUGCAAAAAGUAAAUUCAUUAUAAUGUAUUUUUGCAAGCACAACUUUGUAUUA